CCACAGUUACUAAAGGCAUACUUUUUUUUUUUUUUUUUAGGCUUAAAUACAAAGUGAAUAAGAAUGUCAAUAGUCACAGUCCAGCUUGGUCAAUGUGGUAAUCAAAUUGGUCGUGAGGUGUUUAAUGCCAUCUGCAGUGAUGUCCAUGGCACACAUGGGUUGUGUUCCAAGAAGGAGAAUGAAUCCUACCGUGAUGCUUGCAAAGAACGUUUUUUCUGCGAGGAGGAGACUGAAGUACCUGUUGCCCGAGCUGUGCUUGUUGACAUGGAACCUAAAGUAAUCAGCCAAACCUUAUCAAUGGCCGCCAGGUCUGGCUACUGGAAAUACGACGAUCGGUCACGCUUCUGUCAGAAGCAAGGGUCUGGGAACAACUGGGCAAAUGGUUAUUCUGUUCACGGGCCUAGACAUAAAGAAGUAAUAAUGAAUCUGGUGCAAAAAGAAGCAGAGAAAUGUGAUCGCCUCGGUGGAUUUUUCACAAUAAUGAGCAUGGCUGGUGGUACAGGAUCUGGCCUGGGAGCGUUUGUGACCCAGUGUUUAAGGGAUGCUUUUCCAACCUCUUUUAUACUAAACCAUGUGAUCUGGCCCUACGGCACUGGUGAGGUCAUUGUUCAAAACUACAACUCUGUUUUGACUCUGUCACAUCUGUACCAGUCAUCGGAUGCCAUUCUUGUUCAUGAAAAUGAUGUCAUCCACAAGAUCUGCUCUCAGCUGAUGAAUAUUAAACAGAUCUCCUUCAGGGAUGUAAAUCAAGUCAUUGCACAUCAACUGGGGAGUGUUUUCCAGCCCACUUACACAGCAGAAGGGGGCUUACACUACAGCAGAAACCCAUUAGGAGACUUAAUGGAGACAUUAGUUCCACAUCCUGAAUUCAAGAUGUUGGGUCUUCGUAACAUACCUCAGAUGCCUGAAAACUCCCUCGCUUAUAGCACGUUCAGUUGGCCUGGACUCAUCAAACAUUUGAGGCAGAUGCUCAUUGCUAAUGCUAAAAUGGAGGAAGGUAUCGAUUGGCAAGUACAACCACCACGUCUAGGCUCCUCCCUCCCCUCCAGCCAUUCCACCAACAGGCCCCUGCACUUCAACACUUCCAUUGCCAACCUGGUUAUCCUGCGAGGAAAAGAUACCCACGGCGUAGACUUAGGAAGUUUCCAAGAUCCCUCAUUAUACACAUCGUGGCUAAACCCUCGGGAUGCUUUUAAUGCGUGGAAAACACCCAGAGCAUUUAACAAGUAUGAAAAGUCUGCUUCUUUGGUCAGCAAUAGCCAGUUCCUGCUGAAACCUCUUGACAAUGUUGUAGGAAAAGCUUGGAAUAUGUUUGCUUCCAAGUCAGGUACACAGGCACUAAAAUCCACUCCUGGAGCACCUGUGGCAGCUCUGGCACAUGACACCUGGAAUAGCAAACAGACUUCUUGACAAGAUUCAAGUAACUAUGAUUAAAUCUGAAGAAAAUAAGUCCAGUUUUUUAUAGAGACAGAAAAGCAAUGCUGAGCACAUAAACCUGCUUUUUCAAGCCUUGUCAACAGAUGGAAGGAGGCUAAGAAACACGCAGCAUCAGGAAAGACACAGUCCCUUAAAACUCACACGGUUUCUACCCGUAAGUGUUAGCCUCAAACAAAGUAUUUAUGUGGUUUAGUUAGCAGCAGCUUCUGCAACAGAACUGCCAGUUUCUUUCCUGACAACAUGGAAGAAAAAUCAAGGUACCACAAGGUCACUGCAUGCAGACAGAACUAGCUUUGGGAAACUUAUUUAAUCUCUUAGUUUCUUAUACUUUGUCAGAUGGUUCAAGGCAGAACUGAACCUCCCCAGGCACACUGGGCCCUGGCAGUGCCUGUGCUCACUCAGCUUAGAGCUCUGGCUGACUCCUUCCACCAGAUCAAUGCCACCUUCCAGGGAAAUGGCUUCAGACUGUGGAAGUGUCAGGCAGAGGCCAUAGGUGACUCCCUGCAGACUGAUGCCAUCAGUCAUAACCGUGAUCACAAUCUUGUGUAAAACCAGGCUAAGGAACACUUUGGUGUAGUUCACAGAAUUUGCUUAGAUCUGAGAUAUCCAUGAGAGAAGUGCAACACUUCAUUGAGCAAAAAGCAGCUAAAUGACACACUACCCAAGACCACAAGGAAACAAAAAAGUCCCAACCAACCACCUCUUGUGAGGAGGCACAAUCAGACCUGCGUGGCCUGUUCUGCCACAUUUGCAUUAAAAACAACACCAACCCCAAACUGGUGGAUUGUGCCUUAAAUCACAUGUACUACACACACAGCCAUUCCCUCCUGCACAGCGCAGCAGUCACCAGAGAAAAGACACCAACUCACAGAUUUUUACGAGGAUAGAAAAGCACUUUCUGAGGCCAUGGGAGAAGGGUGUGGCUUGCAGGGCAGUUAUCAGGGCAGGGAACAAUACACUGAGCUGACAAGUCCUAUCUCUUGCCUUUCAUCAGGAAAUAGCAGCUAGUUUCCUUAUUACCAGCUGCCUGGGCAACUCAUUUAAGCUUCUUGGGAAACCAGAAGAACAAUUAAGCUGGGAGUGACUCCCUUGAAACACGGAAGAUGCAGCACGUGUACUUAUCCAUAUCUGAACAGUCCUCAAAUGAGGUUCAAAGAAAGACGACCUUUGAUUUCAUGCUAAUAUAGGCAGUGCUCCUUGAAUCAUCCCAUGAGUCAAUAAUAAUAAUAAUAACACCCUCUAGCACAAUAAAGGACAGUGUUAAAGACAAACUAACACAAAGAUGGGCCCAUUUAACAGGUUCACAUUGGUUUUACCACAGCUGAACAUCACUAGCAGUGAAUAGGCUGGGUGACUUCACUUGAAAUUCAGCAAUAAUCAGCUUUUUUUUGACCAAAAUCCCACUUUGCUCAAUUCUUGACACAUGCCGGGAAGCCUGCGGCAGAUUGCUGGGCUCUUCCUGUUUGCUUCUACCUGGAAGGUGAUACAGCCAGACAUCCUUUGGACAUUUGCUGAGUUUCUGCAUUUGAGCUCCUUUCACUCUUUUGAGAGCUAACCCGUGUUGUUACAGCCUCCCCCAUUCACACCACUUCCAAACCAGUGUUUUGCUCCUUUUAUGAAAGCUGAGUGGAUGCAUCAAUAAGCAAGUGAACAGAUAAAGAGGCAUUUCAUGCCCUCAAUUAGAGACUUGAAUUGGGAAAGUCGCAGCCCUCUCAGAGUUUUUCAGGAUAAUCCUUUUAAAAAUGAGUUUGUAAGAGCAUAUGCAAAUAUUUACCCUCAGUCUAGUUCUGAGAGCAUUAGCAGGGUGUUUCACAGGGAAGGCAAUUGCUUCACUCCCUGUUUCCUGAAGAGGUUACUGCAUCCACCAAGGCUCCUGCAAUUAAACCCUCACCUGGACCAGCCUGCUCUCAGCAAGCAGGAACAGCCCAGCAAGGAAACCCACCUUGGCUCUUGCUCUCCCACUUUCCCAUUCCACUUAGUGCUGUGGCCUGGAGAAAGCUGGGCUAAAGGCUUUUUAUCUUUUUGCCCUCCAAAAAAUAAUAAAAAACUCCCAAACAAAUUCACAGAAAAAAAACCCUAGAAUUUUAAAUCUCAGAAGAGCAGUUUCAAUUACCUUACAUAUAAUUACAUUCAACCUUUUAACUGCUGAUUACUAAGUAUUUUUUAACCAUGUGCUUCAAAGAAAACUGAAUUACUUUCACCUCCAAGGAACACACCCAAUCACCACUUCUACACCUGCAAUCAAUUUUGUUCACUAAUAUUUAUAUUUGUGCUUGAUUAUCAGGGAAACAUCCACAGCAUUUGUGCUUGCAAUUAGCACUGCCUGCAGUGAGAGGGAGGCUGGUUCUAACAAAUUAAAUAACAAAACCCAAAAGCACAGCAGGGAAGGACUUUCUGGAACAGCAUUAAGCCAUCUUCAAGUAUUAAUGACAAGUAUCUUUUAGCAUGAACAGGCAGCUGGGUGAUUUCAGAGGGAGCUGCUUUAGCAAGAAACGCAGCGUGACGCGCAGAGACAGGAGCAGGAGGCGUCCCCAUGGUUUUGAAGGAGCCAAAGGAAAUGUGGAACUGGGUGACUCGAUCUGACAUGGCCUGUGCCAGGCUCUGGGCUCGGCCUGGCCCAGACCAGCGUGACCUUUUGAGCUUUGCUUACACCUACACACUUCUUGACACUUCGAUCUCACACGGCCUUCGGAGUAUGCUGUUGAUGAGGCACAAUUCAGAGGUCAGGGAACUGCACGUAGAGAAUUAGGAGGAUUAGCUGCAAUCCUACCUGACCUCAGCUCUUAUGUGCUUCUCCAAAUUGUCAGGCUGGCAGAGCCAACUUUCUGCUCUGCUUCCUAUUCACUUGUGAAAGCAAAGAUUUAGCUAUGUUCCACAGAGGAUGAGACUUAAAAAAAAAAAAAAAAAAAUCACCUCAAAGUCAUCUUUAAUGUUUAACCAAACAUUAGUUGUUAUGAGCCUGUUACUUCUGUGUGAUUUUCAGUAAUUCCAAGAAAAAAAGCAAAGACACUUUAUUUGGUGUCUAAACUGCAAGAAGAAUCAGCUAAAACCAGUGAUCCAUGCUGUAUUUCUCUUGCAACAGAGCUCACUUUGGAUUUUUCUCUAACAGACAUUAGAGUAGGUGACUGACUGCUUCCAAUGUGUACCUGAAAAUAUGUACAACAAAAGGAAUCUCUGGAUUAAGGGACCAAAAUACAUAUUUGCAGCUAAAGGGUCUUCCUCUGAAGCCACAAAAUGUACCUUCUGGAUUCACACCCACUGGAGAACACUUGGGGACAAGAAAUCUCACAGCCUAACCACCAAGCUCCACAUACAGAAAUAGAAACAAUCCAGCUGAAAUAAACACCGGGAAACAAGUUGUUUGUUUGUUUAUUUAAGCAAACAUAAACCUAUCCAUUUGCAAAUCUCAUUAGGUUGGCAUAACUUUCGUUUCUAUUAUUUUUUACCUUUUACCAAGUCUCAUUACCUCCCGGGCAGCUGAACAGGUACAAAAAGGUAGAAUGACCGGUCCCUUCUUUAAGAGUGUUAGAAAGCUUCAAAAUAACAGCAUAGCUUGUUGGAAUGGACACAUACAAACAUGAGUUACAGAAUGAUAGAUAGAUAUAUUUCACACUAUAUGUAUGUAAACAUAUAUUGAAGUAGGAGAAAACUUUAAAAUUUCUCUAGUUUCAGUAGGCAAGGAGGCAUAAUUAUGAGGAGACUGCUAAAGCAUUUAGAAGGGUAUAGUUUAUUGGCUCAAGCUCUAGGAAGAGGCUGUUGUUUGGUUUUUUUUUUCUUUUUAAUUAUUGUUACAGUCUCCUCCUUUCAAUCUGACAGCAUACAGGGACCUCAACAUGGCAUAAACCUCAUUUACUCUCUCGAAAGGCUUUAAGACACUACCAGAACUGUGUGAAGUAAACACCAGCGUCCCCAAGCUGAAUGGCAGAUUUGAGGAAAAAAAGCUGCCACUAGAACUGGGAAAAGUAGCAAACAGCUGUUUCACUAAUCCAAGUACCCUGAAGACAAAUGAAACAAUCAGCUAUGAAUUGCUGACGUGAUCUCUUGCAAGUGCACAAUUAAAAUUUCUGUAGACUGGAAAAAGUGAGGUAUCAGGGCUAUGGUUUUUGAGCAUGUAUUGUAUUAGAACUAGUUCUUUGCUGCAUUAUGUUCAAAGGCAGUAUUUAGGCCAAAAAGUGAACAAGCUACAAGGGUCAAAAUUUAAGAAAUAACUGUUCAUAUUUUAAAAAUCAACAGGGGCAAAUGAAUAGCCUCUGUGCUUUUAACUCUCUUGCAGUACCUCCCAGCACUCACUUUUAGGUAUUUAAAUCUACUCAGCAGCUCUCUUGAGAGAGGUCCGUAUUAAAAGCCUCCCCACUCAUUCAUUAACAUUGUUAAAAGUGCUAUAGAAGCAUACAAAAGAAACAUUACAAACCUCACACACGGCUGAGAUGACACGUUAAAGAGACGAUUCUUACACCGACUGCUGCACUGCCUGACUUCUGAACUCAUUUCUGACUAAACUUAAAAACAUUUAUAUGCUGUUGAUGUUCAAUGAAAACAGUUGGAGAUGGAUGAGCAAACGGUCAGAUGAGAGAUACCAAAAUGUCAGACAGCCUACCGACUGUUGUUGCCAUGAGAUCCAACAGUCAACAUCAGUCUGAUAAGCUAUCCGACAGGAUGGUAUGGCCAUGGAGAUGUCACGACGGUUGGCAACACAAGAGGACAUUCAGGCAGGAUUGAACAAAAUACGUAUUCGCACGCCUCGCUCGAGAUCUGCCCUGAGCAGGGAGGAAUCUAACCUGGGCAAGAGCUAAUCUGCUUUGUGCUCAUAUGCCACCUUUUGAUAACGCUAAUCGAAAGUCAAAGUAAUUCCUGUUACUAGGAUAAAAAU